AUGGCCGUCGUUCCCUGCCUGCUCACUCCGUCUCUCCAAGGCGAGGUCAACGCGCCCAUGGCCGAAAACUGGUGCUGUGCUCAAGCGAAGGUGGUUGAGCUUUUAUACACGCGGACGAUCAACCACACCAAAUGCUCAACAUUUUCUGUGAGAUCCAAUAGCGACCUCAAAGGGUCUCUAAAGGUGAACGCUAACCGGCUGGACGUGGAUAACAAGAACAACUUGCCUCUAUACCUGCUGCUCGUGUCCAGAGAAGACAGCGAGUUCUUUUUCAAGUUAGACUCUAGCUCCAACGUCAGCCGAGAAGAGGCCAAAAUAACGAAUAGUCACGGGGCGUUCCACUUCUUGCCAGAAAAGAAUUCAAGCUUCGAGAAACUUAUAGGAACAUGCAUCGUGCUUGACAAGGCCAGUGAGCUCCUUCCAGACGACAAGCUUACCAUCUACUUCGAGGUGAACGUUCUUGAGAACGCUAACCUCUCCGAGCCCAGUAGCGUUGUCCGGUUCAAGGUCCCCGAAUGCCGGUUGUCCAACGACCAUAGAAAUCUCUCUGAAGGCCACCCGCUUAGCGAAAGGCAGUCAACAAUGUUUGAGUACGAGACGGAAGAGAAGCGGCUUGUGUCCAGCAACAAGAGUGAGUUCCACGCAAUGUUGAAGUGCUCCAUCCUCAACGCCAACCGAGAAGAGAUUGAAAUCGUGGAGAGUCACGAGACUAAGGGGAAUUCUCGCCUGAAGCGUGUGUUCGCAAAAUAA